AAAAAAGGUGCAGAGAGAAGAUCCCUACUGCAUCAAAUAGACGAAUUGCUGGAUUGCGGAGCCAUAUCAGCUUCAAGUUGGAGCAAAACGAAUAAUAAAAAAUACCAGAUUUAUCUGUCAGCAACUCUACAGUCGAGGACCGUUCAAUCACUUGCUCCCUGUCACCAACGGACGUGUUGUUGCUUUCCCCCCUUGACAAAAAUUCAACGUAGGAGCCACCUCACCAACGGCACAGCCGCUAAAUACACCUGAUCCCGCUCCGGGACUUGUUCGGGCCCGAGCAGGUUUGCAUCAGCCUUGCAACGCUCGACUCUGCGUUUGCGGAAACAAUAAUUCGAGGCCCUCUUUUUUUCCAAAUCCACCAGGCGGGCGAAUAUCCAACUACUGGCUAGCCAUCUCACCUGCCUACACUCCUAACUGCAUACCUUGCGCUGCAUCGCUGCACCGAGUGCCAUAUCCAAGCCUGUAGCGCUGCGCUGCAUCGACAAAUCACCGGGCUCGACGAUUUUUGAGAAGGUCUGGACAAUACCACCACUUUUGACGGAAAAAACGGCGGUUGCCCCUGGUUGGGCAAACCACACUUGAAAGAUGUCGGCGAAGCCAACUGCGGAUGCUUCUAAGGUCACUCAGAUCAAGGCCCCUGUGCCUGGUCGGCCUGUUUUUGGCUGCGAACACGUUCAACUGCUCAUGACCCAAAACAGGGACCUGCAACAAACAUCAAUCUCACAUUACAAGGCCAUCCUGCGAUGCAUAUUCGAGAACCCUCCAGUCAUACCAGAGACUAGCAUUGCGGCAAGUGGCCAAAAUGUUACGUCUUUGACAUCAAACUAUCUGUGUCUUCAAUGCCCCCAGAUCCUUGGCGUGGAAGAGCGUCUUGAACAUGGCAAUAAAAAAUCCCACCGCUUCUACGUUGACUCCCGCAACGGAAUGCUUUACUGCCAAAUGUGUGAUGACUAUGUCUGGGACCCAACACUUGAGGAGCUUAGAUUGAGGAAGAUAGGAGCCGGCACCUUUACUCUACGUAAGAGGAAGCGUGACGAGCUGUCUCCCGAAGCUGCCAAGGAAGAAGCUCGGUAUAUUGCCCUCAACACGAACCAGGUGCCGUGCAAGGCUACUGGGCUUCGCGGAAUUUACAACGCAGGGGCAACAUGCUACCAGAACGUCAUUCUGCAAAGUUUUCUACACAAUCCUUUUCUUCGCAACUACUACCUCAGCGAUGGCCAUCAGAGUGGCGAAUGCCAAACUCAAUACUGCAUGAGCUGUGCCAUGGACGACAUAUUCCAGGAUUUCUAUUCACAGGAGACCACAAACGGCUACACAGCAGCCAAUAUGCUUUGUGGCUUUUGGUCGUUGGAGCGCAAAGCUUUUGCAAAUCUGGUCACGACAAAGGAGCAAGAUGCACACGAGUUCUUCCAGCUUCUGGCCGAAGAGUUACACGAGCGCAACGGUGAUGGGAAGCGCCCGGAGAGUGGAUCUGAGCACUUGUGUGACUGCAUUAUACAUCAGACGUACUAUGGCAAGCUGCAAAGCAACACAACAUGCCAAGGUUGUGGAAGCGUCACUAAUCAGGUGCAAUCCUUCCUUGACUUGAGUCUUGGUCUGGAUUCCACUCAAAAGAAGAAGAAGCUUGCCGGAACCAAGUCCGAAGGCGGUAGUAAAGGUGCUUCGUUGUCGUUGCAGGACUGCUUGGAGGAAGAGUAUGUCAAAUCUGACAAGUGCGAGUACCGCUGCAACAAGUGCAGUUCAACACAGCAGGCAAGACGGAACACAAGUCUCAAGCGCUUGCCGAACGUGCUAUCAAUACAAUUAAAGCGUUUCGAGUACAAGCAAGGGCGCCAUGACAAGGCGGUCAAGGUUGAUACGCCUGUCAAGUUUCCGUUACAGCUCAACAUGUUCCCCUAUACGGAUCGGGGUCCCAGCACCGAGUCCAAGGAAAACUACGAACUGGCGAGGACAUGCCAAUAUGAUCUCUUCAGUGUCGUGGAACACGUAGGAGAGAUUGAUACUGGACACUACACCUGCUACUGCAAGGUUCAGGACCAGUGGUUUGCAUUCAACGACCACAGGGUUGAGAUGGCCUCCGUCUCCCAGGUGCUAUCAGCCAAGGCCUACUUGCUAUUCUAUAUCGUCAGGUAUAUUGCCUGAAUCGCCACGCACAACAGGGACGCGGAGGCAGCUAGUUUGCUGACCUCUGUGAUUUAUCAGUAAGCAAUGGACACCCGCCAGUUGGGGACAAGAACGUUUUUAAGAUUUCUGUGCCAUCAGGCCCACCUGGGUUGCGGUGAGCCCGAUAUGGGUUUGCCCUCAGUGGUUACAUGAACCAUUCACUGAAGAUUGGGGUGGUCGCUCGUCGCCGGUUCGAGAUUUGCGCCUGCCUAUGCACUCAAUAUUUAUACAUGUUUUGGGUAAAAUGACUUUGGGGGUCGCAUUGUGGUAUUUGGCGAGCCGACAAGACCUGUACCGGAACAGACGACAUGUUAAGUGGUCGGCGCUAGAUAAGGGGGGCGAAUUUCGACCAGCUGUCUGCUGGACGACGGAUAAACCGAGACACGCAUUCGUCGGUUUGGUAAUGUGUCCCUCAGGUCGAUACAGGGCUUCCAAAAGUCCACUUCAUGACGGCGGUUUGCAUAUGGGUGGGAGUAAUCUGGAGGCGUGCUGGACUGGGGAGGAGUUGUGUAUAAUUACAUGUCUUUUGGGACAGUCUUGAUCUAUUAACGACAACCAAAUCACGUUCUGGAUCACAACCAAGCACUGUCGAGUCUGGUUCAUGGAAAAAUCGCAAAUGACGCUAAAGUAACUUAUGAAGGACGCCGGGCUUAAAACUCAUUUCCAACAUACGAAAAAGAAGAAAACAUGAACGCCAACGCCUUUUCCCCACC